GCAUACAGAAGACCCGUUUGUUAACGAACCUCUCGAACGCUGUAAUGAACGUCUUCUCGCAUCUAUAGAGCUAAACCGAAGCUUUCAAACGGGCCGAACGGGAUCAUUACGGCAUUAUGAACGUUUAACACCGGACACCUAGAAUCAGUCAGGAGAUUAAGGUACAGGCCAGCAGCUGCCAGCUUGGCGGGAGGAGCAUUUCCUGGCCUGAAUGCGAACCGACUGCAGCUGGAGCAUGUCCACUGCAGGCUUGACUGCCCAGGAGAUCUGUUUACCCGCGCAAAGCCUAUUCCUGCGGGGCAGCCAUUGGCAUAGCAUGGCCGGAGCUAAGCCCUCUUGGAAAUACCAUGAUCUACACAACUUAUACUUCACCAUUGAUUCUUCUAUGGAUUAUAACCUUCAGUCCCGGCAACAGGUGCUGCCAUCAUUCUCAGGAGCGGACAAACAGCGGACUCAUCUUCAAUCACCAAACAGCCCAGGAGGCCAACCCUUGCCCCCCAAAAAGCCCAGACCUUCCCAGCUGACCUUGCACACGGACCCUUUCACGUCCAGCCCUGCCGAGGACGACCAAGUGGUUCCCUGCUUUCAACGUCUAACGGUAUCCGACCGCAUCAGUCCUCCCCAGACGCCCAGCCGAGUCACCAAACCCCUUCCCCCAAUUCCCGGCUCAGCAGAGCUUUCCCCGGAUCAGGCUAUGGACAGUGAAGUAGAGUUCUUUAACGGAGAUGACAAUCGCUGCCUAGUUUCCGAACCUUGCUCCAAACACUCGGCGUUCCGCUACGGAAUGCCCAGUCGGAGGAGUUUUAGGGGCUGUGGACAGAUUAAUUAUGCAUACUUUGAAGGUCCAACAUCCCAGGAGAAGCCGCAGCCACAGAAGCCGAGGCAAGAGCGGGAAACCCAGCAGAGAGAACAAGAGCUCCGCGACCACCAGCAACAGCAGCAAAACUGUCUCCGACAGCAGGAACGUUCGCAGAGGAAGCUGCGGCGCUCGCAUUCUGGCCCUGCCGGAUGCUUUAACAAACCCACCUCCUUCCGGCUGUCCGGUCACCACCGGAACACGCAAGGCUUGGACAAACCGGAAGUUCCUCCAAGAGUUCCAAUUCCCCCACGACCAAUCAAGACGGGAGACUACCGCCGCUGGUCAGCCGAAGUCUCAUCGGGAGCCAACAGCGACGAGGACCGACCUCCGAAAGUACCUCCUAGGGAGCCCUUAUCCGGCGGUAGCUCCCGCACCCCGAGCCCAAAGAGCCUUCCAGUGUACCUCAACGGGAUCAUGCCCCCAACGCAGAGCUUCGCUCCGGACCCUAAAUACGUCAGUCGUGGCCUGCAGCGCCAGAACAGCGAAGGCUCCCCGUGCAUUCUGCCCGUUAUGGAGAACGGCAGGAAAGCAAGCACGACGCACUACUUCCUUUUGCCACAACGUCCGUCGUACCUGGACAAACACGAGAAGUAUUUUACGGACAGCACAGCGAGUCGAAGCACAGACGCUUCGGAUUCGAGUUCAGACUGGGACUGUCAAAGCAAAAGGAAAACGACGCACCAAAUAGACUUGGUAUAAAAUAACCGGUGCGCUUUUGUAAUGCCAGCACCCGAGACUUUUCCGCUGCUCUGUUGCAGCUUUGCUCUAGUGCUCCGAGCGAGUUACGUAUGAAUUGCAGUUACUGGGAUUUCUCUCGUUUUGCUCUCGACAGUUCUCUUAGAGUAAGCUCGGAACUGAUUUCGAUGUUUUUUCAUUGUUAUGUGAAAUGUAAGUGUUGAAAUGAUAACAUGGUGCAGUUGUUUGGUAUUAGCUGGUCUGGUACCUCCAUACUUCAGUGUUGUAAAUUUUCGUAGUCUCAUUUUAUAUUGCAUUGAAGAUUAUUUUUAUGUCUCGGAACAUGAGCACGUUCGUCUGAUCAUAGGGACAUAGGGUCAGUACAUGCUUAUUUACGUUUUGUGUCGUCUACCAUAUAUGAAGUAUAAAAAACGGCCCGACUUUUUGGCGGCCGAAAUUUUAAGUGAAGGGUAUUUCAUCUUGUUGCAAGCACGCAAUCUGACACAUGCACACUACUUCGCAGUUCUUCUGUUGGACUAAAGCUCUCAGCUUUUGUCAGGACUCUCUUUUGUGUGCUUUUGUUCUUGUGGCCUGUCUGUACAACUUGUAGUCUUGAUUGUGUGUUACAUAGGAACAGGCUAAGUAUUGCUUUUCUGUUCUAAGUUGUGUGUGAGUGAUAUGAGAGCUGAAUGUGUUACAUUUGCCCAGUUUUGGCACUGCUUUUAAGCUUUUCUAAGCUGCUUAAAACGGCAGCUGAUGUGUUGCCCUCUGAAUGAACGGAGUAUUUCCGAUCCCUGGCUUCUCGCUGAGGUGUAGUGUGUUCUUUUUGUUGCACAAAAAGCAAUACUUGUAAAACCUGUGAAUGAGUUUCUCUCCUCUUUUAAAUUGCUGUCUCCACGUGAAGCUGUGAGCCAUUGUCUGCGAUAGGAUUUUCUCGAGUACUACCUCCCAUUAUAUGUCUGCUUCUUCUUAAAUACCCAACUACGGAUUACAAAGACUCAACAAAUACAAUCUCACAGGUCCGUACGAGGAAACAGUUGCCCCUGAUCUAUAUUUUGUCAUGUUUUGCCAUCCGAAACAGUCAGUCAUUAACACUUCCUCAAUGAAAACGCAUCUUCGACCCAUUUUUAAGAGCUACAUGGAGCUAAAGUCCAUGUGUGGCACUUUUGGCCAGGCUCACGCAUUCUGAUCUUCCUGUUACUGUACGUGCAUUCCUGUUAGACGUGAUUACAGUGGGUGUGGGCACCAGAGACUUUGGCUGCUGGCAGCUGGUGAAUGAGAUGUUUUAUUAUUCUAUAUUGUUUCCAGAACCAUCGUGGUAACUCAGUAAAUGUAGCAAGUGCCAUGCAAUUUAAAAAGGGAGGAAAGUAAGACUAUAAAAACACGCUGUUUGGAAGCCCUGAGGUCAAGUACAACUUUCCACCUCGCAUAGAGAUUUAAAUUCAUUUGAUGCCAUGUCUUUGUUUUUUUUGUUUUUUUUUACCCUUUAUUUUACCAGUUUGUGUAUCAGGAAAUGUUUACAUUAUAUCUUGUUAUUUUCCUUUAGCAGUCUUACCUUAAAAAAAAAAUAUGAAGGCAAGUUCAAGAAGAAAUAGACAUCUCUGCUGUGUUGUGUGUAUGUGUGUGUGUGUAUAUAUAAAAAUAUAUAUAUAUAUAUAUAUAUAAAGCAAAGUGCACUGAGAAAACAGUAUGUUGUGAUGUGUAAAAGUAUUUAACAUCGUUCUCUUACCCAAACUGAAUAGUUUUUAGUGUAUUGUAUCCUGUAAAGUCAUAAAAAUAAAUACUUAUUUAUGAAUCAA